UUGGCUCCGAUCUCCAGCGUGUUGGCCAUCGCAAGUUCGCCAUGGCGGAGUACGACUAUGACUUGUUUGUCAUCGGCGGCGGCUCUGGGGGCCUGGCCGCAGCCAAGCAGGCAGCGGACCUGGGAGCCAAGGUGGCCGUGGCAGACUUCGUGAAGCCUUCACCGGCGGGGACCACUUGGGGGUUGGGAGGUACAUGUGUGAAUGUUGGAUGCAUCCCCAAGAAGCUGAUGCAUAUCUCUUCCUUGUACAGAGAAACCCAAGUGGAUGCCCAUGGCAUGGGCUGGGAGACCAAGUCUUCGCACAGCUGGUCCUCCAUGGUGACACAGGUGGAUAACUACAUCAAGUCUUUGAAUUGGGGAGCAAAGACGGACUUGAGAAGCAAAGCUGUGAAGUACUUCAACGCGUUCGCGACCUUCAAGGAUCCCCACACCAUUUCCUUGGACAAUGGCAAGGGCCAGAUUGAUCAGGUCUCGGCCAAGUUCAUCCUCAUAGCCUGCGGGGGUCGUCCAACAUAUGGUGACUACCCAGGUGUCAAGGAGUGCUGCAUUAGUUCUGAUGACAUUUUUUGGCAGAAGAAGGCACCUGGAAAGACUUUGGUGGUUGGAGCUUCUUACAUUGCCUUAGAGUGCGCUGGCUUCAUUGCGGCUUUGGGCUUUGACGUCACUGUCAUGGUGCGAUCCAUCCUUUUGCGAGGCUUUGACCAGGACAUUUCGAACAUGAUUGGCACAUACAUGGAGAGGCAUGGUGUUCAUUUCGCCCGAGAGAUGGUGCCAUCCAAAUUCGAAAAGACCGCAGAUGGCAAAGUCAAGGUCUUUGUGAAAGAUGCGGAGUAUGGGAUCUUCGACACGGUGCUCAUGGCCAUUGGACGCACCGGCUGCGCGGGGCAAUUGAAUCUGGAGGCUGCUGGAGUUCCUUUCCAUGCCAAGUCUGGGAAGGUGGACGUCAACGAGAACGACCAGACGAGUGUUCCCCACAUUUUUGCCAUUGGAGAUGUGAUCGAAGGAAAGCCCGAGCUGACACCUGUAGCAAUCCAGGCUGGUAAGCUGCUGUGCCGGCGGCUGUUUGGAGGGGCUACGAAGAAGAUGGACUACACCGAUGUUGCCACAACGGUUUUCACACCCAUUGAGUAUGGAUGUGUAGGAUACUCUGAGGAGGAUGCCAUCAAGGCGAUUGGGAAGAGCAACAUCAAGGUCUACCACUGCACCGCACAGCCUUUGGAGUGGAAUCUCAACUCUGAGCGGAAGAAUGACAUGGGCUACAUGAAGUUGAUUGUUGACAAGGAUGCCAAGGAGAAGGUUGUUGGAAUCCACAUCCUUGGGCCCAAUGCAGGGGAAAUCAUUCAGGGCCUCAGUGUGGCCAUCCGCUGUGGUGUCACGAAGGAGCACUUCGAUGAUUGUGUUGGAAUCCAUCCAACCUAUGCUGAGUCGUACACGACCAUGACUGAGGAAAAGACAGAGGGCUCUGCUUUGCCCACGAAGGGAGGUUGCUGAUCUUAAAGAAGCCCUGCCCUAGCUACACCAAAUGGUGUGUCGGGCAGGGCUGAGUGAGGCACGUGGAAGAGCCUUGGUGAAGAGAUGCAGCAAUUUUCUGUUUGCGUCUUUGAGUGGGCUCUGGAGGCCACAUGCCAGAGGUGAAGAGCUGGCUCGUUUGCAAAUAAGUCACUCCAAAAGCAACUGGCCACUCGCCUUUUUGAAUGAGUGUUGAUCGAGCCGAAUCUUCACCUAUUCAAGUGUGGCUGCCAUCAAGGACAGUUUGUAGUCUAGUGCUGUACUCUAGCUAGGGAAAUUACAUAGUUGGGAGGGGAUGGCAGCGACCUGGGGUUUCAGACGUCCUGAGUGAACAGCUACAGCUUUGGACGAGGUCACUUUCAGCGCUGUUGGCGCUCAGACCAGAAAAGCU